AUGUGUGUUACGGAAACCUGGUUACACGAUGGCAUUCUUGAUUGCGAAUUUACACCUCCUAAUUACAACGUGGUACGAUGCGAUAGGUCUUCUAGAGGUGGUGGUGUCGCGCUUUUUUUUAAAUCUGGUAUUAGCUUUUCGGUUCUUCCCUGUUUACCUAACACAGAGUCUUUAUGGUGUAAGGUGCAGCUUGAUAAGUUCGUUCUUGUUAUCGGAGCGGUUUAUCGCGCUCCUAGUUCGGGCCUGCAAACGAUCUUUGAUAUAUAUGACUACAUUCACAAAUACAAUCUGGCGAAUUUCAAGCUUAUCUUGCUGGGCGAUUUUAAUGCACCAGAUAUAAACUGGGAAACGCUAGUGGUUGGCUGUCGCGACAGGGCCAUUUGUGAUGCUCUAGUAGAUAUAGCUGUGUCAUUCGACCUAGAUCAGGUUGUCAAAACGUGCACCAGAGAUAAUUCUGUUCUUGAUCUUGUUUUUCUAACCCAUAGUAUCGCAAACCUAGGCUAUGACUGCGAGGUGGUCGAGGGAAUUUCUGAUCACAAAGCUGUCCUUGUCAGCCUUAACAUUCGUGUCAAGCGUUCGAACCCUGAAUUCGUCACGUUCCUUGAUUUCAACAGAGCUGACGAUGUGUCAAUUAUUGAUGAACUUAGUUUUUAUUUUGAUGAUUUUUGUGCCAUAAGUCUAGACGCUGAUGUCAAUACGUUGCUUAGAUAUUUCAACUCCCUUAUAGAAAAAUGCAUCAACAAAUUUGUACCUGUUACUAGAAAGAAAAAGAACCCUGCGCACCCCUGGAUUACGAGAGAGGUGCUGCAGUUGAUGCGGCAAACGAAGAGGAGACGUCGUUCAACGAAAGAUAACACAGAAUCAGUUGUUCAUACCUCGUUUGAAUAUCUGAAAACAACCUUGAAAGAAAAGAUGUUAACAGCUAAAACCAAAUAUUUUAAUGUAACUUUGUCUGAAUUUAUGAAAUCAAAUCCUGCCAAAUUUUGGAGAUCUAUUAUUCCAAGAUGUAGUGUAUCACAGAGUUUUACUAUUGAAGGUGAAUCUGUAAGUGAGCCGACAAAGAUAGCGAACUGUUUCAAUGAUUAUUUUAAAUCUGUAUUCAGUCGUGACAACGGCAAUGAUUCAGAGUUUUUCUUUGAAGGUAUAUACCCAGCUUUAUCUGAUUUAGAGAUUAGUGUUUCUGGUGUCCUCAAUCUACUAAUGAAACUUGACUGUAAGAAAAGCCCUGGCCCUGAUGGAAUUCCAAAUUCUUUUCUUCGCCGUUAUUCACUUUGGAGUUCAAAAUACCUAUCUGUCAUUUUCAAAAAAUCUAUUUCUACUGCAACAGUGCCUCAGUCAUGGAAGUCGGCUAAAAUUAUCCCCUUGUUCAAGUCAGGCAACAAACAGGUGGUCACAAACUACAGACCCAUUUCGCUCACAUCGUCUUCAUGCAAACUUUUGGAACAUAUUGUCUAUAAACAGAUAUCUGAGUACCUCGAGACUAAUUUUAUUCUUUGCCCUCAACAGCAUGGUUUUCGUCGUGGUUACUCCACCUCAACCCAACUUCUUGAAUUCACUCACGACAUAGCUUUAGCUUUAGAUAAAAGAGUACAACUUGAUGCCAUCUUUGUAGAUUAUUCUAAGGCUUUUGAUAAGGUACCACAUCAUAAGCUUCUUCAGAAAUUACAAGCGAUAUUAAAUAAUACGUCAUUAGUUAAUUGGAUCGAAGAUUACCUAAAAAAUAGAUCACAGUUUGUUUCAUACAGGGAUGUUCAUUCUAGCAAUGUCUCAGUUAGUUCCGGUGUCCCACAGGGAUCAGUUUUAGGUCCUCUUUUGUUUUUACUUUAUAUUAAUGACGUUGCAAAUGGUCUUCAAGUUAAAAUUCGCCUCUAUGCAGAUGAUUGCGUUUUGUACAACGAAAUCAACUCGGUAGAUGACCAUGCCUUACUAAAUGACUCUCUUGAACAGUUUUUGAAUUGGAGUAAAAAGUGGCAGAUGGAAAUUAAUUUUGAGAAAUCUGUAGUUAUGUCAUUUACUAAUAAGAAGGAACCGUCUGUUUUUAGCUAUGGUACUCGUAAUAUAAUUCUGCGUCAAGUUCACGAAUACAAGUAUUUGGGUAUUUUUUUCACGCCUAGUCUCAAAUGGGAUAAGCACAUCAGUUCUAUUUGUUCUCGUGCUCUGCAAAGGCUAGGAUACGUCAAGAGAACUUUAAAAUCUUCAACUAGGGAAGUUAAAAUAACGGCGUACAAGACCUUGAUUAGACCUAUCUUAGAGUACGGUUGUGUGGUGUGGGAUCCCUAUCUAAAAGGUGAUAUAAAGCAGAUUGACGCAAUACAAUCAAAGGCAGCUAGAUUUAUUUGUAAUAGAUAUGACCGCAAUUUUUCUCCUACAUCUGCCAUGACUGACAUAAGACUUACGCCUCUUGAUUCUAGACGCGCUGUAGAACGGCUCAAGCUCCUGCAUAAAAUAGUGAAUAAUAACUGUACACUUAAUCGAGAAAAAUAUGUUAGUUUUGUUACUGAAUCACGCACUAGAAGCUUCCAUCCAUUAAAUCUUGUACCAUACAGAGCCCACCUUAACUGUUUUAAAUAUUCUUUUUUUCCUAGAACGAUAGAAAACUGGAAUAACAUAAAUGGAUCCAUUCGUUGUCUCGAUUUUGAUAAGUUUGUGUUAGAAAUACAGUAG